CUGAUUGACUUUUUUAUUUUAUUAGAAUAAUAGAUUGUGUAUUUUCACCAAGCAAUAAGAUGAACGGUAUUAUAUUUCUGUAAUUCAUUACAUUUUUUUUUGCUGCCUCGCGAGCAUACCGGUGACAUCACACGUUGUUGUCACUGCCAUGGCGUACCAAGAGGGGGAGACGCUUGAAUCUUUGCUCGGCAAAGCCACCCAUCCAACAAACAGACAAGAGGAUUGGGAGUACAUCAUGGGCUUCUGCGAUCAGGUCAACAGGGAAUUUGAAGGCCCUCAGACAGCUGUUAAGCUGCUUAUUUGCAAAAUCUACUACUCUCAAGAAUGGGAAGCGCUUCAGGCUCUAACAGUGUUGGAGGCAUGUAUGAAGAACUGCGGGAGAAGAUUUCAGUAUGAAGUUGGAAGAUAUAGAUUUUUAAACGAUCUGAUAAAACUCGUCUCUCCAACGUAUGUGGGCAACAGUACGCCUGAGAAGGUGAGGAGGAAGAUUGUUGAGAUGGUGUACAGCUGGACGAUUGCCUUUCCCAAUGAAACCAAGAUCAAAAAAGCCUACCAUGCCAUGACAAUUGAAGGCCUUGUGACGCUGAAUCCGGAUCAACCUGUGGACAGGACCCUGAUCGCCUCUCCUCCACCGCGACCUAAACACCCGGUGUUUGACAACGAGGACAUGGGCAAGGUGACUGAUUUGUUAACUGUGCAGCUGCUUGCUGAGCUUCUCCGGAGCAAAAAUCCAGAAGACCUUCAGGAAGCCAACAGAUUAAUAAAGAAUAUGGUGAAAGAGGAUGAAGUUCGGGUUCAGAAGUUCACGAAGCGAGUGCACACUUUGGAGGAGGUGAGCAUCAACGUCAGGCUACUGACUGAGAUGUUGUCCCAUUACAGUAGAAACAUCGCGAGCGAUUCAGAUAAGGAGAUCAUUAAGGAGCUCUACGAGCGCUGCGACAAGCUGAGGAGUACCACGUUCAAAAUGGCCACUGACACAGAGGACAAUGACGCCACUUUAGGGGACAUCCUCCAGGCCAGUGAUGAUCUUUCCAAAGUCAUCAACUCCUAUAAGAAAAUAUUUGAGGGGCAGCCUGACAGCGAAGAGCCUCCAUUAGCUGGUCAGAGUGGAAGCGAAAUCACAGAUACACUGGUGGACCUCAGCGGGGUUGACACUCCCAGCCCUCCUCAGCCCGCUCUCCCUCCCCCCCAGUCCUCACCCCCUGUCUCCCACAAGCCCUCAGUAUCCAACAUCCCUUUCUUGCCUCCCCCUCCCAAAAGCCUGGCUGGCUCCUAUGGUCGGAGCAGAAAUCCAAGUCAACCUUCUCUGGACAAGACCUCCUCUGCACUCUCUUUACUUGACGAUAAGCUGCUGUCUCUUGACAUGAAUGACCCCCCUACCUCUCUGAGCAGCCAGACAGAACCCAAGCUGGAUGAACUCUCCGCUCAGUGGACUUCUUUGCAGGCCCCAGCAGCUAGCAUGGACAUGUUGGGCAGUGCUGCGUGUCUAGAUCCAGUAGUGCCACCAGUAGAACCGGCCGCCGCGCACGGCCUGCAGAACCUGCAUGAUCUAGCCAUGAUGUGCUUCUCAGAUCAGCAAAGAUUGUCCAGCCAGAUGACGGCCAAAGAAGGUGGCUUCAGGAAGCAAACUGCAACACCCCCACUGUUACCCGGCCAGGGCUCUCCCUCCACGUCCUCAUUUCUGCACAGCGCAGUGCCCGGAUCUCCCGCCAUUUCCCAUUCCAAAGCCCAGAGCCUGGACAUGGCCCCCGGCAGUCCUUUGUUCCACUCUCUGUCCCCUUGUCACCGACCUCUCCAUGGCAGUCCCAUCAAAGGCCCAGACUUCUCCCUCAGCAAUGUGCACGUCCCACUGGAGACCAUCAGACCCAGUAAAGUCUUACCGGUGACCGCCUAUGAUAAGGACGGCGUUCGCGUGCUGCUCAACUUCGCCUCUGACUGCCCCCCCGGGAGGCCCGACGUGCUGGUGAUGGUGGUGUCCAUGCUCAACACGGCACCCCUGCCUGUUCACAACGUGCUGCUGCAAGCUGCUGUGCCCAAGUCAAUGAAGGUGAAACUCCAGCCCCCGUCAGGAACAGAGCUGGCGGCGUUUAACCCCGUCCUAACCCCGGCCUCCAUUACCCAAAUCAUGCUGCUUGCUAAUCCAGCAAAGGAAACCGUGCGCCUGCGCUACAAGCUGGGAUUCACACUGGGAGACCGUCAGUGCAAUGAGAUUGGAGAGGUUGACCAGUUCCCGCCACCAGAGACCUGGGGUCAUCUAUAGCAGCCCGAACACACCUGCUGCUACUCAAGAGGGACGGGCGGGAAUUUACUCCAUGAAGGGAUGUGCAUAUCUGUCCGAUUGGAAAAAUAGAAAAAUAGAAAGUGUUCAAUCCCUGAGAGAUAAGACAGGAGGGUGGAGAACUUCAGCUACUCUCUCCCUUUCAGCUUUACAUUCCAUAUAGCUGUUGAUGUUUUUUACCGCUACGAGAGCCAAACAGAAAACACUUUUUAUUUUGCUUUUACGCAGAUCGAAAACAAAGCAAAGGCACCAAGUAGUGGAAAGUCAAGCAGUGAGGGUUAAGGUUUGGCUCCCUGAGUCAUUUGAAUUUAGUCAGUAGUGGCUUUUCCUUUAAAUGAAUCUGAGAGAGAUCUGAGAGAUUCGUGGAUUCUAAUAAAUCAGUAAAUUAGAAUCGUGGGAAAUGAUGCAGUACAUGAGAGCAAGAAACUUACCUUGAAGUGAAAAGCGUAAGAACCAGCAGACCUGCUUGCAUUUCCUCUACUGCCUGAACUGAACCGCCUGUGAGAAAUACUUGAAUAUAUCCAGAGAUGUGAAAAUCUGGGUCGAUGUAGUUUAUAUGGAGAUUUCAAUCACAUCAUUUAAAACGUGGAUUUUUCUUCUUCAUGAGUGAAUUGUUUUACCAUAAAACUAGAUAAUGUAGCCAUGUGCCAGAUCAGCUGAUGAUGUGAACAGCACUUUGAGUCAUUUAAAACUGCAGGUGAGCCGUAUUGACAUGAGUCCAAUGCUUUUUAGUCUUUUAGUUAAACUUCGUAGAAUAAAUGGAAUAUUAUUUUCGGAGAUCGUCAGUAUUUCAGUUCUUUUGUGCUGUGGACACUUUCUUUCUGCAUUAAAAUGUAUUUAUUGCCGGUGUAUGAUCAGUAUUUAUUGAUAUUUUGUCAUGUUGUGCUAUUUCAGUGCAUCUUUUACUUGAUGUGAAUAAAGCCUGAUUUGAAAUCCGUCAUCAGUUAGAUUGCUCUCUAGUGCUUGUUUACACAAGGCUCUGCAGAGCGCACGCCUCAUUUAUCAAUCAAGACAAUACCCCCUUAACAGGACUCGUAUCCCUUACUGUGUUUUUCGCCUGGAUGUGCAACUGUCUUAAGAAGUCAAACUUUGGAAUAUUCUGUGGUUUAUUCGAAUGUGCUUUUCUGAACUGUCAUGGCUUCAAAAAUUAUUUUCGAGGAAAUUUAAAAAGUGCAGAAGGGUCUGAAUGAUUUGAAUCCUGUGUGCAUCCCAUGUCUGAUAGUCUGCCACUCAGAAGUCUGAUGAUUUAAUUCACAUAUUGUGUUAUGGACCUGCUGUUCUGUGAGCACCUGAUGGGCCAUUUCUUCGCUGCUUGUCGACAAUAAAAAAUUCUCAAAGA